GUACCACAUCGACACGGCCACCAAGUGGUUUCCAGGCUGCAGCGAGAUAGGCGCGCUGAGCGAUCACACCGUCCAGCAGGUGAAGCAGCUCACGGCCACCUCGCGGGUCCUCGCGCCGGCAGUGUACAUCUUCUCCAAACGGAUAGAGAACGUCAUCGUCCAGAAG